AGAAAGAGGCAUUUUGUUGAUUGCCAUGAAAAUUCCUCCAAAAAAACCUCAAUUUUUCAAACCCAUUCAAAAAGGUUUCAAGCAUGGUCUUAAAAUUCCUAUAGGUUUCUUGAAGUAUCUGAAGGGACAUGAUCAACAUGAACAUGCACUACUGAGAAGGGCGGGUAAAACGUGGUUGGUGAUGUUGAACGGCUGGCGAUUAGAAGAGGGUUGGAAAGAGUUUGCUAAGGAGAAUGAUUUGCAAUUGGGAGACAUGUUGGUGUUUAGACAUGAAGGAGACAUGGAAUUUGAAGUUUCCAUCUUCGAUUCGAGUCAUUGUGACAGAGAAUAUGCAGAGUAUCUUCAACAAGAAGCGGGAUUCAGUAAUGUUGAAGAAACUUGCAAGAAAUUUGAAUUCAAAGGAAAAUCGAACCUCUGCAUCAUGUCAUCAGGCGAGGCGUUCCCCUGUGCAGAAGCUGAUACUUACAACCCUUGCAGUCGAUCUCAUUUUGAGUGCAUCGUCAAACCAUAUUGCGUUACACAUAGUUACUUGCGCCUUCCUAAACACUUUGCAAUGGAAAACGGUCUCUUCAACAAGAAAUGUGAUGUGAUUAUCAGAGAUGAAAGACAAAGAUCAUGGAACUUAAGGCUAGCUACCCACGAUUGUAGAGUCCAUCUAUUAGGUGGAUGGCGUGAGUUCCGCGUUGGGAAUGACUUAAACGCGGGAGAUUAUAUGAUGUUUGAGGUUAUUGCUAAUGGAGAAAAACCAAUAUGGAAAUUUCGCGGCAAACCAAACCCCAACAUUGUGUCAACAAGAAAGGCUUUUCCGAAGGAAGAAUUUGCUACUUGCAGCUCAUUUGGUCAAUCUCAUCUUGAGUGCAUUGUCAGGCCGUAUUGCCUUUCAAGAAAUUACUUUCGUCUUCCUAGAGGAUUUGCUCGGGCAAACGGACUCAUCAAUAAAAAAUGUGGUUUGGUUAUUAGAGAUGAAAGACAAAGAUCAUGGAAUUUAAGGAUUGAUACCUAUGGUUAUGGAGUCUAUAUUGCAAAGGGAUGGCGUAAAUUUCGUGUUGAAAAUGACUUGAAGGAGGGAGAUGGCAUGAUGUUUGAGGUCGUUACUAACGGAGAGAAACCAAUAUGGAAAUUUUAUGGCAAGUUUUCUCAUUUAAGAACGGCCAAGCACAGGCCUUUUGGUCAGUCUCAUUUUGUAUGCAUUGUUAGACCCUAUUGCCUCGUCAAUGACUUCUUGUACAUUCCGACAAAUAUUGCUCUUGCAAAUGGUCUCAUCAACAAGAAAUGUGAUUUGAUUAUUAGAGAUGAUAUAAGGGAAAGGUCGUGGAACGUUAAGUUACGUUCUUUUGGCAAUAGUGUAUGUAUCAAGAGUGGAUGGCGUGACUUCCGUGAUGCAAAUUGCUUAAAGGAAGGAGAUUGCAUAAUGUUUGAGAUUGUUUCUAAUGGCGAAAAAGCAACAUGGAAAUAUAAUGGUAAAAUUUCUAGGAAGGAUGCCAAGCAUCACACAAACCAAUUGACAAGAUAAUAUGAAGCAGUUGGUGAUGGGCAAGCACUGAAGCAAGUGAAUGUAAUGUUUUUGGAUCUUGUACAUUUUG